UUUGAGUGAGACCGUAUUGCGUUUACUUUAUACUCUCAUUUAUAUUUCAAUAUAGGAAUAGUAAUUUAAUAAAACACUGGUUCAAACACAUGUGAAAAAUGGGGAAGAAGAAUAAGGAUUCGUUAGGUCGCGCUCUCAUCAAAGACAGAUUUUCCAAGAAUCGACACAAAAAACAUGUUGAAGACACAAUGCUUCACACAACAGAGAUCAACGAUGGCUACGACUGGGGUCGGCUUAACUUGCAGUCGGUAACAGCCGAGUCCUCGCUGCAAGAGUUCUUGUCCACUGCGGAGCUGGCACAGAGAGAGUUCACAGCGGAAAAGAUGAACCUGAAAUAUGUGAAGUCUGUGCCGAGUGAGGUGGAGGCAGCCACUUCGCAGCCUAACUUUGAUGAGCCACUCACAGUGCCUAGAAGGCCGGCUUGGAGCCCAGGCAUCUCAGCAGAGGAGCAGAUCAACCGCGAAAGAGAAUCAUUCCUGGACUGGCGUCGACACCUCAAUGACUUACAGGCGAAGCUAGGUGCCGCGUUAACGCCUUACGAACGUAACUUAGAGCUAUGGAAGCAGCUCUGGCGGACGCUGGAGAAAGCAGAUGUUGUGCUCAUACUGCUAGACGCCAGGAACCCGCUGCUGUUCAGGUGUGCCGACUUGGAGAAAUACGCGAGUGAGCAGAAAUGCAAAUGUAUCUUACUUCUCAACAAGGCUGAUUUGACGACCGAGUACGAAAGGAAAGCGUGGGCAGAGUAUUUCGGCAAAGAGAACGUUCCUAUAAUAUUUUUCUCCGCCGCAAAAGAAACAAACAAAGAGAGAAAAAUCUCCGAAGAGAGUGAAACAGAAAAACCAAGCUUAGACUCCGACACAGAGUCAGCCGAUUCAGACGAUGAAAAAGAAGCCCUAAGAUCUACGGAAGAAGAUAUAGAAUUGUUUAAAAAGCAGAUCCAAGUUCUCGAUAACGCUGUCUCUAGUACUGCCGAUAGAUUGAGCAAGAUACAAGAUAGUUUAGACACGGUUCUAGAGAGUCUACGAUUAGGGAAGCCGAUAGAACCUUUGCAAAGUGAGGAUACUACGGAAAAUAUUGAAAAGAGAGUGGAGAAUUCAUAUGAGAUUUUUGAUAGAGAUCGCUUGUUGGCAGUAUUGAAAAAGCAGGAAUUGAGCUAUUUGAAGAACCCACCUAGGAUAACAGUUGGUAUGAUUGGUUAUCCGAAUGUGGGGAAAUCUAGUACUGUCAAUGUGCUAAUGCAGACUAAAAAGGUGAGCGUGAGCUCAAUGCCCGGCCACACGCGGCACAUCCAGAGCUUGGUGCUGGACGGAGACCUGCAACUACUGGACUGUCCCGGUCUGGUCCUGCCUGCGUACGCCGUGGCACCAGACUUACUGCUAACGGCUGUCUUACCUAUUGACCAGAUGCGAGCCCACGACGCGGCGAUGGCGCGGCUCUGCCAACUUGUUGGCAAACAUGUGUUCGAGCAGAAAUACGGACUUUUGUUGCCGCAAGACGAUGGCGAGCUUAACUACAAGCAGAUACUUACCGCACAUGCAUUUAACCGCGGCUUCAUGACGGCGGCGGGUCAACCCGACCAGUCCCGUUCAGCGCGUCUCCUCCUCAAGGACGCCGCCGCGGGCCGGCUGCGGUGGGCCUCCCUCCCCCCCGGCACCGCGCCAGCCCCUAUAGAGGAGCUACUCAGGGAUAGCAAGAGGAAGCCUACGCCGAGAGAAACCAGGGCGGUGGAAGGUUGGGUGAGCAAGUCUGCCGAGAUCGACAAGGCGUUUUUCGCGAUGAACAAAACUUCGGCGCACGUCAAAGGAAAACCGAUUAUGGGCAUCGUCGGAGCGCAGUCAGCCGAGCACAUGAUCAGCAAACCUUGGAAGUUAGAAAAGAAACACGCCAAUAAGAACAAGAGAGAGAAACUCAGGCGCGUUUAUGCGCAUCUUGACGAACAUUAGAGGGAGAAAGUAUAAUAGUACCAUCCACACUGUUAACUGAACUUGAACCUUAUUCCAAAGAUGUAAGGUCCACCGAAGCUACGGUACUUUUAGUUGACAAGCAAAAAUUACUGGUAAAUCUAUCACAUCUUGAAAAUAAUCGAUUCUUUGAUACCAGAUUUAAACAAAUGUUUUAUAUUAGGGUGGUAUUCCACCUGUAAUUUCUUUGUCCAAUGUCAUUGUGUCUCACUUUCUGAUUAAGCAAAAUGUGAGACGCAAUACACAUUGGACGAAGAAAUUGAAUAGGUGGAAUACCAUUCUUAGUAGGUCAACCAAUAAUAAACUUGUCAAGAAUCGAUCCUAAGUGGCCCACUGAUUAACAGUUUGCCGGACGGUAUCGGCUAGAACAAAAUUUUGACAGUUCCGAACAACUGACAGGCCGAUACCGUCCGGCGGACUGUUAAUCAGUGGGCCACUUCGUCCAGUGUUAGAUUAUGUUCAAUGCUGACUGUACAACUGGAUGCUGUUAAGCAAUAAUGUGUCAACACACAUAAAUUUUUCCAUAAGAUGUCAACUCAAAAAAUUGACGCUUAAAGUUGACAUUUUAUUGCAAAAUGGAUGUGGGAUGAGUGGAAUAACUAAUUUUUGCUAAACACCAUCCAUUAAUAUUCUUGCCGCAAAACUAAGUAGCGAGUCAGGUCAUAAUGCCAUCUCUUUCAUUCUUGGUUGGUCUUAAGGAGAUAGUAUUAUGAUUAUGACCUGACUCGCCACUUAGCUUUGCGGCAAGUAUAUAUAUAUAAUUUGUUAAAUCUACGACUAUAGAGAUGUGGUAUUCUGAUAAGUUAAUUUAGACUUCAUUGCCAUGGUCAUAAAGUUCUAUAUUUUAUUACAUACACCACAUCCUGUUUAUGUGGUCGUGAAUGCUUUUAAAAAUAAAAUAAAUGUUGUAAACGUU